UCUGACAUGACUCCUGCAAACUUUAACGUUGUGUCAGUUCUGCUGAAUGAGUGAUAGAAGACACAUGCGGUGCAUUUAGUCGAUUAACGAUUUUCUGAAAACGUAUACGAAAUUUAUAUCAAAAAAUUUCACUACCACAAACUUUGUUUUUUUUAUUUAAUUUAAAACACAAAGAGGGGCUUAUGGUUUGCUGUUAGCUAACGUUGGUUGGGCUGCAUAAAGUUCAUAAUCGUAGUAACAGCGGCAGGAUGUACUAUGAAGAAAAAGGAAAUUCACACAAGCCGCGCUAUGGAACCAUUCAGGACGAUGAAAGGCUUUCGGCGGAAGAGAUGGAUGAGAGGAGACGACAGAAUAUUGCCUACGAGUACCUCUGCCACCUGGAGGAGGCCAAACAGUGGAUGGAGGCAUGCGUAGAGGAGCAGCUUCCCCCCACCACAGAGCUGGAGGAGGGGCUGAGGAACGGAGUCUACCUUGGAAAACUGGCCAUGUUUUUCGCUCCAAAGAUGGUGUCUGAGAAGAAAAUCUACGAUCGUGACCAGGCCCGCUACAAGCGCACAGGACUUCACUUCAGACACACCGACAACACGGUGCAGUGGCUACGAGCCAUGGAGUCCAUAGGGUUGCCCAAGAUAUUCUAUCCUGAAACAACAGACGUGUACGAUCGCAAAAACAUGCCCAAGGUGGUUUACUGCAUACAUGCGUUAAGCUUAUACCUGUACAAACUGGGCAUUGCACCUCAAAUCCAGGACCUGCUGGGGAAAGUAGCCUUCACAGAGGAGGAGAUCAGUAACAUGCGUCGUGAGCUGGAGAAGUACGGUAUCCAGAUGCCCACCUUCAGUAAAAUAGGAGGCAUUCUGGCCAACGAGCUGUCUGUGGACGAGGCAACCUUGCACGCUGCUGUCUUUGCCAUCAACGAAGCUGUGGAUAAGGGUCAGGCUCCGGUGACCAUGGGGGCGUUGAAGAACCCCAGCGCAAUGCUGAGGAACACUGAGGAAGAGCUUGCCCAGGACUACCAGGACACACUAAGGCAGGCCAAGGCCAACAAGGAAGACCAGGCGUCAGGCAGGCGCUCGUCCAUAGCCACGGAGGAACGAGAUGUUUAUGAGGAGCUACUGACCCAGCAGGAGAUCCAGAGCUGCAUCGACCUUGUUAACACCCAAGAGGCGUUGCGGCAGGUUAACCAGGCCAUCUCUGCCCAGGACAAGGCUGCUCUUCUGGCUGUUCUCGGGUUACCCGCCCUGGGGCUUCUAGGCAUCCAGGAAGCCAACUCUCACUGGUACCUGGAGCGCUUAACCUCCUACUGCCAGGUCACGACUGGGGAUGCUGGAAGAGCACUGAAGCUACAGAGAGAAGAGAUCCAGAGGGUGAUAAACUCAUGCAAUGUCUUCGCUGAUGCGGAGAGGCAAAAACUGGAGGCCGUUGCAGCGAUCAACGCCGCCAUUCGUCAUGGCGUAGCAGCAGACACCGUGGAGGAGCUGAUGAAGCCAGCGGCCCAGCUUCCCAUCGUCUACCAGACUGCUGCCAACCUUUACCAGAAUGAACUGUUCAGCCUGCAGUUACAGGGGAAAAAGGCAGGCCUGGGGCAUGAGGAGCUGGCUGUGGCAGUAGAAAUGCUGUCAGCGCUGGUUGUGCUCAACGAGGUCCUGGACACCAAGGACCCCCAGUCUGUUACUGAACAGCUGACCGACUCUCCUUUGGGCUUCAGCAACAUGGACCAGGAUAACCUGCACAGGUAUGCAGACACUCUGAUCACCCACCGAGCCGAGAGCCUGUCCCGAGGCCUGGAGUUCCUCACCUGGAAUGAUGUUCAGAAGACCAUCGACUCUGUCAACCUUCAGGUCCACGAGGAACACGAGCGGAUCAUUGCUCUAGCUGAGAUCAAUGAGGCACUGAGCUCUGGGGACCAUAAGCAGACCCUCUCUGCCCUGCUCCUGCCCACAGCCAAACUGCAGGGUGUCAACCCAGCCACAGCCAAACAUUACCACGACGUCCUGCAGAACACCAAGAUACUCAUCUGCAAGGUCUUUUCUCUGGACACAGAGGAAAUGAGAUCGGGGGAUGAGUCUGCUGUCCUGUGGCUGGACCAGAUCCAAGAAGGGAUACACACAGCCAACCAAGAUGAAGUGGAGGCUCUCUCGUUGGCUGGAGCAGUGGCGGAUAUCAACAGGAAGAUUGCAGACGGGGACUCCCAGAUCACCCUACAGGCACUUCAGUCACCACUGGCUGGGUUAAGAGGGGUCCUGGCUGAGUGUGCAGACACCUACCAGACUGGUCUGGCCCAGCGUCAGGGUCUCAGCGCUACCACUGAAGGCAGCUGUGACAGUGUGUGGGUUAAACACUUGAUCAAGGGCAAUUAUGACUACUACUACAACCUGGUGAGCAGAGAGGGGACCUGGGAGGAACCUGAGGACUUCAUACACAACAGCACACAGCUCAGCAGAGAGGAAAUACAGAGUGUGGUCGGAGAUGGGACAGCUGAGUAUAACAGGGAACAGUUGUGGUUGGCCCAUGAGGCCCUGGUAACCCAGCUGCAGGCCAGGGUCAGAGGUUACCUGGUGAGGAGAGCUCACACUCAGAGACUGGACUACCUACGACAGCAAGAACAACAUGUGGUGCGACUGCAGGCUUCCUGGAAAGGCUAUAAACAGAGGAAGGAAUACAAAGACAGAAUGUCUGUGCUAACAAGCAACGUGCAGACAAUUGUCAAGAUUCAGGCAUUUGUUAAGAUGUGGAGAGCUAAACGUCAAUACUGUCGAAGACUACAGUAUUUCAAAGACCACGAGAAGGACAUAGUGAAGAUCCAGGCUUUCCUGAAGGCUAACAAAGCCAGAGACGACUACAGAACACUCACCGGGGCCCAGGACCCUCCUCUGUCAGUGGUGCGCAAGUUUGUACAUCUGCUUGAACAGAGCAGCCUGGACCUGCUGGAGGAACAGGAAGUGACACGGCUCAGGGAGGAAGUGGUUACUAAGAUCCGUUCCAAUCAGCAGAUGGAAAAAGACCUGAACCUGAUGGACAUUAAGAUCGGCCUACUGGUUAAAAACAGGAUCACCCUACAGGAUGUGGUGUCUCACAGCAAGAAGCUUAAGAAGAAGAGCAAAGAGGAGUUGGCUGCAGGGGACAAACAAGGCAUCAAGAGCCUGAGUAAAGGAAAGAGGAAGAAACUAGAGGCGUACCAACACCUCUUCUACCUGCUGCAGACCAACCCAUCGUACCUGGCCAAGCUGAUCUUCCAGAUGCCCCAGAACAGGUCCACUAAGUUCAUGGAUACAGUAAUCUUCACCCUGUAUAACUAUGCCUCCAACCAGAGAGAGGAGUACCUGCUGCUCAAACUCUUUAAGACCGCUCUGGAGGAAGAGAUCAAGUCUAAGGUGGACCAGAUCCAGGACAUCGUUACCGGGAACCCUACCGUCAUCAAGAUGGUGGUGAGCUUCAACCGCGGAGCCCGCGGUCACAACACGCUGAGACAGCUGCUGGCACCUGUCGUCAAGGAGAUCAUCGAGGAUAAAGGCCUGGGCAUCAACACUAACCCUGUGGAUGUGUACAAGGCCUGGGUCAACCAACUGGAGACUAGCACUGGAGAGGCCAGUAAACUUCCCUACGAGGUGACCCCAGAACAGGCCAUGUCACACGAGGAAGUCCGUGUGAAACUGGAGUCCUCCGGUCAAUCUCUGCGGAUAGCCACAGACAAAGUGCUUAACUCUAUUGUAUCUUCAUUGGACAAUAUCCCCUAUGGCAUGAGAUACAUUGCAAAGGUCCUGAAGAAUUGUCUUCAUGAAAAGUUCCCAGAUGCUACAGAGGAUGAGUUGUUGAAGAUUGUAGGGAACCUGCUGUACUACCGCUACAUGAAUCCGGCCAUAGUGGCUCCCGACGGCUUUGACAUCAUCGACAUGUCAGCCGGAGGUCAGCUCCACACUGACCAGCGGCGUAACCUGGGUUCCGUGGCCAAGAUGCUGCAGCAUGCUGCAGCCAACAAGCUGUUUGAGGGAGAGAAUGCCCACAUGACCCCCAUGAACAACUACAUCUCCCAGACCUACCAGAAGUUCAGGGUGUUUUUCCAGGCGGCGUGUGACGUCCCUGAGCCGGAGGAGAGGUUUAACGUAGAUGAGUACUCUGACAUGGUGACUCUGAGCAAACCUGUCAUCUACAUCUCCAUAGAGGAGAUCAUCAACACUCACUCGCUGCUGUUGGAACAUCUGGAGGCCAUCUCCCCUGACCACAACGACCUGCUGCAUGAACUUCUGGAGGACCUGGGUGACGCACCUGAUGUGGAGUCACUGCUGGGUGAAGGGGCUGUAGAUCCUACCAAUCCCAACAAGGAGAGCACCCUGAGUCAGCUGGCUAAAACGGAGAUCUCCCUCACACUCACCAGCAAGUUUGAGCUGCUAGACGGCGAUGACAAGGACACCAAAGGCCUUAUGAUGAAGACUAAGAAGCUCAUAGUAGAUGUGAUUAGGGUUCAGCCAGGAGACACUCUGCCAGAUACCCUGGAGACCCCGGCUUCUGCCCUCCAGGAAUGUGAACAUGCUAAGCUGGUGGAGUUGCGUGCCAUGCAGGACGCCCAGACCCCAGAGGGACUGAAGAGCAGCCAGGCCGUUUUGGAGGACAGACAGCUUCCUCUGGAGCAGAAAAAGAGGAAGAUCCUCCGCAACCUCCGUACCCUGGAGCAGGUUGGCCUGGUUACUGCUGCUAACAAGUACCAGGACCUUAUUAAUGACAUCUCAAAGGACAUUCGUUACCAGAGACGCUACAGACAAAGAAGGAAGGCAGAACUGGUUAAGCUCCAGCAGACACUGAGUGCACUCAACUCCAAGACAGCCUUCUAUCAGGACCAGACCAACUAUUAUGACACUUAUAUUAAGACCUGUCUUGACAACCUCAACAGGAAGAAUGCACGGCGGUCCAUAAAGCUGGACAAGGUAGAACAGAAGGCCAAUAAGAAGGGAAAGCAUCAGUCUUUAAAGUACACGGCGGCCCGGCUGCAUGAGAAGGGAGUUAUCCUAGAGAUAGAGGGUCUGCAGACCAACCAGUUUAAAAAUGUCAUGUUUGACAUCUCACCUAGUCAGGAAGUUGGAGACUUCGAGGUGAAGGCCAAAUUCAUGGGAGUCGAGAUGGAAAAGGUCCAACUCCAUUUCCAGGACCUUCUCCAGCUGCAGUAUGAGGGAGUUGCGGUAAUGAAGAUGUUUGAUAAGGCAAAGGUCAACGUCAACUUGCUUAUCUUCCUCCUCAAUAAAAAGUUCUAUGGAAAAUGAGACUUUAUAAAACCAAAGAAGGAGGGGAGAAGAGAAAUGGGAAAUAAGUGUGAAAUGAUUGUGUGCCUUCUAACAAAACAAUGUUUUCUGAAGGAGCUAUUUUUGAAUGAUUGUUUCAUGCUGAUUUGAUUGAUCACUUAAUACCAAAAAUCUUCUAAAAAUGAUUUGGGUUUGUUACUGGUAUUGGCAUGUAAUACCAGUUGCUUCAUUUGUUUGUAGUUCAGUUUUCCACUGGGUAAUUGUAAAUUGAAUAUAUUUUUUAAAAUAUUGUAAUGACAUAUAUAUUUUGUAUGUAAGGCAAACACAGCGUUGUCACUUGUAAAAAUGAAAGUAGGUUUGCAAUGAGAUGUGUACAAUGCACUACCGUCUAAGGUCAGAGUGGCAGUUAAGAGGCAACGUUCCUUGCCAUGUAACAGCCACCGUGAAUAGAAGUUUAACCAGUGCCUUUUGAAUCUAGUAAAUUGGGGGAAGUUGUGCAUCUUUUUAAACCAAAUACUGAACCACUGUUCUUUCUGGAGUUUGACUGAUUUGUAGCCAUUGAUCUGUCACAUAUAAAGUAAAAUAAUUUCAAGUG